UUUCUAAAUGCAUAUAAAUGCUACAUAGUAAUCAAAUAUUUUUUCCCCCGUGGCGUUACCUUUAAAAUCUCAAUUUUUCUGAAUUUCGGAACUUAAUUCUCCUUAAAUUUUUCUCUAUAAAAAGAGUGGCAACCCGAUUAUGUGUUAGGUGCUUAUCAGCGAUUUUUAUCUUUUUAGAAUAAGUUUUAUAAAUAUAUGAAGCUGAGAAUAUCCCAUUUUCAUUGGUCAGAAUUGAUGGGUGAUUCCUCUGACAGUUUUAAAAAACUUAAGAAACCAAUUAAAGGCUAUCCUCCGAAACCUGUUAAACCUCUAGACUCGGACUGUUGUGGAUCUGGAUGCGUCACAUGCGUUUUUGACUUAUAUGAAUUAGACCUGGAAAGAUGGCAAAAGAAGUGUGAUGAAAUCGAAAGCAAAGUGGCUGUUUUCGAAGAUGGCGGUGUUAUAAAUGUAUACGAGUAUAAACAGUUCCCUAUCGUGGAUGUUGUACGUGUUUCCGAUGCGAUUAAAAUUUUCAAAUUUGAAAUACCUGAUAACAAAAAAUUGCAAAUGAAAUGUGGUGAGCAUCUUGUCGCUAGAUGUACAGACCAACAUGGUAACUAUAUCAUCAGACCAUACACACCAGUGAGUAAACUGAACGAAAAAGGUAGCUUCCUCAUCGCUGCAAAACUAUACGAGAGUGGUAAGAUGUCCAGUUGCAUGCUUAAUUGGAACAUAGGCACCUUAGUGGAAUGGAGGGGACCAUUUGGAACAUUCGAAUAUUAUCCUAAUAAGUAUAAGAGAUUAUUGCUACUUUCGGGCGGCACAGGAAUAACACCGGUGUUACAGAUUCUGAACCAAGUGUUGGGAAACGAAGAUGAUGUCACAUACAUUUACGUCAUUCAUAGUUCACAGGAUGCGUCCAAUAUUAUAAUGCUAGAAGAGUUACGUCAGUGGAAUGCGCAUUGGAACUGCGAUAUACGGUUUUGCUUAACAGGGACUUCUAAAGGUGAAAUGAAAUAUGGUGAUCGGGUGUAUCAUAAAAGGAUAGAUAGACAGGUUUUGUUGGAAGCGGUGGAUCAAAUAAGCAGUAAAAAUAUAUACGUGUUAAUCUGUGGGACUCGAUUGUUCAAUAAAGAUAUGUGUAAGCUCCUACAGAGUGUUUACGGCAUAGGCGAGGAAAGUAUUUCUUACUUCUAAAAGUUAAAUACAUGCUACCUAAAGCUUUAAUAAUCUGGACGUUAGUCAAUAAAUUUUAAUAAGAAAACUACAUAAAAACAAAUUUAAUCUUUUCACGACUCGAAAGACUGAUGCAAGUAUGCUAAGGAGAACUUUGCAUUGCACCGCACUGCUGCAUGGUACGCAUUUUCUAACGAACUUGUAAAAACUUGUUUUGCUGAGGAUUGUCGUGUAAACGGCAUGAAACUUUAAGUACCGAACAAAGUAGUUUUUUUUCUCUACAACAUAUAUAUAUAUACGCUCUGUAUUGCAGUUAUACAUUGAGCACUCUCUGACGAAGAAGUUUUAAAAGACCAUUUCGGAGAUUAUGCGCCAUUAUGAAUUUGCGGAACUCGGUGAUGCAAGUUGAACUUUGGACUUCACGUUUUAUUCAGCCAUUUGCCUUGCGGAACUGCUGGCGGCAGGACAGUUUUGAUUUUUGAUAUCUGUUUUUAUCUUUGUGAUACUAAUUUUAUGAUAUAUAUUUUGAAAAAUACUUUUAUUAGGCACUUAUUUGUACUUUUAAUUUCUUUUUGUACAAUAAAGGCAACUUAAUAUAUCCUAAAAACCUUAGAUAGCUAGAGGUCUCCCAAAAAUGCUUUUAGGACACUGUACUGCAGCUAGCUAUAAGGCUGUAAUUAGUAAUUAAUGCUUGGUUAAAGGUAAUUUCAUUUUAUAUUUAGAUAUUUAAAAAUGUGUAGCUGCUUUGUGCAUUAUAAAGAUAUUGGCAUUGGAUUUUAAACUUGGAUUAUACUUUACUUUAGAGAGAAAUUUUUGAUUUUGGAAAUACCUUGCUGGAUUUGGACUUGAACUUUGUUUUUCGAUUUGUAAAGAAAUGUUUAGGUUGUAAUACUUGUAAAGAUCUAGAGAGUUAUAAUCCAUUGUCAAAAUACUUGUCAAAACUCUAAUGUUAUUUAUUCUUAAGGUGAAACUUGCAAAAUAAAUAAAACUCGCAAAAUAAUCUGGCUUCUUCUCUAUAAUGGAUGUAAAAAAUUUCAAUACACUGCCCAUAGAGAUACGGUAACAGAUUCAGUCGCAGAUUUUAGGAGUAGAGUCAUUAGUCAUUUUAAUUGCAAAUAAUUUUUAUUAUUUUGAUAUUUUCAUAAUUUUGUUUUUCGGUGUAUGUUUGUCCCUUGAUUCGUCUACUUAAACACUCCUAUCUUUGAGUCUUUCAAGAGUGGUAUCAGAAAGAAUACCUGUCUCUCUUCCCUGCUUUUGCUAUUGCCCUAUGAUUUGUUUGUACGCUUCCCUUAUUGAAAAAUAUCAAAAAGGGAAAAUGAUGAGUUCAGUUUACUAUACUAAAGUGGUAUUCGAUUUUUUGUUUUCUAUGUUAUUUGUUUCAGUCACAAUGUAUAUUUUACAUGAUGUUUUGUUAUAUAUAUACGUAUGUCUUUAUCGCUUUCUUUAUCAGGACAUGCAAUUAUGGCAGUAAUUUAUUAAGUGUAAAUAUCUAUGAUAAAUAAAUAAAUUACUCUGUGAAGCUUGUUUAAAUUAUUGGCAUAAUAUCCAUUGCAGAAAAAGCUCUGGCGAUUAACUCAACUAUUACUCAGUCCACAAUAAGUGAGUCAGCUUCCCCACACUAAGUUCUAAACAAUCCUCAUACGUUGUAAGAGCUGACAAGAAGUCAGUCAGCUGCCUCACACUAAGUUCUAAAAAAUCCUCAUACGUUGUAAGAGGCAUAAUUCGAUCGUAAAAAUACGUUUAAAGUUGAUUAAAUAUCCACUGCAGCGUUAAAUUUUAAAUGUACUAAGUCAAAAAUAAUAAAACACACUCAGUAUCCCUACGUCCUACAUGUAUAUUUAAUUGCUAUUUAUAAUUCAUUAAUAGAUCAAAGCAAUACGCUUAAAUAAAUGUUGUCUGGUGUUAUCCCCUGUUACUUAGGUAAAAACAUUACGAAGACCUAAACACGCUAAGAAUGUAUACAAAACUCGUUUCUUUUUGUGUGUUUUUAGAGAGUUUUCUACUACGGCAUAUACGGGUUCAAAGUUCAACUUGCACCACCGGGCUUCGAAAAUCCAUAAUGGCGCAUAAUUUCCGAAACGGUCUAUAAAGUUGAUAUACGGGUUCACUGAAUAUUUCUUAGUUAAACCAAGGUUUAUAUAAAAUUUCAUAAUUCCCGUUUCUGAAUACUUUCUUAUGUUUACAAGAUGGCGUCUGGCAGCAAACCUCAAGGUCCAUGUAAGUAAACAUGCUUAAAAUCAUAUUUCAUACAGUUCAUACAGUUUAUUUGUAGGUUGUUCAUGUCUACGAACAAGUUUUUUACUCUAUAAUUUCUUCAUAAACUCCAGAUUUUAGACUGUAUCAUAUAUGAUAUACUAUGCAACAUCUAUCUAUCUAUUUCUUUUAUUAUCCCUAUUUGAUGCCCAUACACACAAAUAGCCUUUUUAGUGAGUAUAUUUGAUGUGUUUAGCAUAGUAAUUCAUUUCUAGAUAAUUAUUUUUAUUUUUAGCAAUCGGCGUAAGAUCAUUUUAUGGGCGAAAACCUGUCGGCGUUAACCGAGUACAACCAUUUGUAAAUGUUAGGGGUAUUUCUGAAACAAAAGAAUCUUCUGAUGACGAUCUUGAUUCAGACAGUGAAAAUGAAUAUUACAAUGCUGAAAACCAACAAGAUUUAAUAAUUGAGUCAACCUCAUCAGAAUAUGACGACUCGUCAAGUGAAAGCGAUGAUAAUUUGGCACUGAGUUCGAUUGGGCUACCUCGAAAAAACAGCGGCAGAUGCAAAAAAAAAAAACUGCUACUGCAAAAAAAGAUACCGAUUAAUUGGAAGAAAAAGAAUGUUGAUGUAAAGGAGAACUAUGAGUUUAAAGUUGACUACCCAAAUGAACUAGAUGAUGAUUUGGAGGGUCUUGGAUCAGAGCUUUCGUAUUUUUUCUACCUUUUCCCUAAAGAUUUGAUCGAAGAUAUUGCACGCCAAACUGUUUUAUAUUCAGUUCAAUAGAAUCCAGGAAAACCUGUUGAUAUCACAGAAGGUGACAUUGAGAAAUUUAUUGCGUAUGUUUUUAUAUAUGUCAAUCGUCAAGUUACAGAGUACUCAAGAUUACUGGUCGUCCUCGAUCGGUAUUCCCCAAGUAGCAAAAGUGAUGACAGUCAACCGCUUUGAAGAAAUAAAACGUUUUAUUCAUUUUAGUGAUAAUGCUUCCGCUGAUAAAACUGACAAAAUAAAUAAAAUUUGCCCACUGUUUAACAAAUUAAAUGAGCAACUUUGAACAAUACCUAUUCAAGAAAGUUUAGCUGUUGACGAACAGAUUGUCCCCUUCAAAGGGCGGCACUCCAUCAAACAAUAUAACCCUAAGAAACCACAUAAAUGGGGCUUCAAAGUUUUCGUUUUGAGUGGCGUUUCAGGUUUUAGUUAUAAUUUUGAAGUUUUUACUGGUGGAGCAGAUAAUGUAUGUGUCUAAAAUGAGCCUGAUCUUGCCGCAAGCAGUAACGUUAUUCCUGAAAACUGCAAUUACAAACUUUAUGUUGAUAAUUGGUUCAAUAGUAUUCCACUAAACGUGUAUAUGUAUACAAAAGGUAUACAAAUAGUAGGGACCGAAUAGGAAAAUGUCCAGUUUCGUCAGAAAAAGAAAUGAAAAAGAAAGGUCGCGCAACUCAUGAAGAACGUGUCGCAACAAUAGAUGAUGUUGAUGUCUGCGUUGUCUCGUGGUUUAAUAUCUAAUUAUCUAAUUUUGUUAGUAGCGAACCAACAAGAUAUUUCAAGAGGUUUUCAAAAAAAAGAAAACAAACAUAUCGAGAUACCGUGCCCAAACCUUGUUAUGAUUUAUAACAACAUAUGGAGGCGUAGACUUUUUAGAUUCGCUUUUAGGGUAUUACCGCAACAGAAUCCGGUCCAAAAAAUGGUAUCACAGAAUUUUCUUCCACUUAAUUGAUAGGUAGCCAAUGCUUGGUUUUAUUGAUAGGUAGCCAAUGCUUGGUUUUAUGGAGAAACCAAGAUCCAAAUGUGCCUUUAGUAAAGUUAAAACUAGCUGUUGUUGAUUUAUUGUGCCAUUACCAGAAAACUCAGAAUAGAAAGCGUGGUCGACCAUCAAUUGAUAAUGGCGUUGACCAUCUGGGACCUAAAAUACCAAUGCCCCAUCAGGAGGUCCGUACCGAUAUAUUUGCUCACUGGCCUGUAUUCAAUGAUUCUCGCACUCGCUGCAAAUACCAGAAUUGCUCUACCUUAACCUAUGUAUGUUGUGAAAAAUGUAAUGUCGCUUUAUGUUUAAAUAAGGACAGGAAUUGUUUUAAGAAAUUCCAUACAUGAUUUAAACAGAGUGCUUGAGUGGAUUAACAUUUACCAAUUAUAAAUUUAUUUAUACUGUAUAAUAUAUGUUUUGAUCUUCAA